GGUGGUGGUGGUGCCGUUGACCGGGCCGCGGUGCGUGCCGACGGCCCUACUCGACCUUUGCCGAUCUCCGAUCUCCGACCUCCGACCUCCGAUCUCCGACAUCUGACCCCCCACUCCACCCACCCACCCCCACCCCCCCCCACCGCAGGCGUGGCAGAGCUCAGCAACGUGACCGUGGGUGCCAACGCGACCGGCGGCGCCGUGGCCACGGUGAACGGGUGGCCGGUUUGCCGUGAGCAGGACGAGAGGCUGAACUUGGCGUUCACCGUGGGCUCCUUCCUGCUGAGCGCCAUCACUCUGCCGCUUGGCAUCGUCAUGGACAAGUACGGGCCCAGGAAGCUGCGACUGCUGGGCAGUUUGUGUUUUGCAGCCUCGUGUCUCAUGUUGGCCUACGGAGCCUCCAACCCAAAAGACCUGUCUGUCCUCAUCUUCGUGGUGCUGGCCCUCAACGGAUUUGGUGGCAUGUGUAUGACAUUCACGUCUCUCACGUUGCCCAACAUGUUUGGGAAUCUGCGUUCAACAUUCAUAUCGCUGAUGAUCGGCUCCUACGCCUCGUCAGCUGUCACCUUCCCUGGCGUCAAGGUGAUCUAUGAUCUGGGGGUGCCGUUCAUCUCAAUCCUGAUUGGCUGGGCCGGCCUGGCCGUCUUUGUCUUCUUCAACUGCUUCGCCAAUUGGCCUCUGGAACCCUUCCCAGGACCCGAGGACAUGAACUACACGGUGAAGAUCAAGCUGUCGUGGCUGGGACUCGACCACAAGGUGACUGGCCGGCGCUUCUACAGCCACGUGUCGUCCGUGGGCAGACGUCUCAGCAGCAGCGCCGGCCUCAAGGACCAACUCAAGGGCCUGCCAAGCUUCUCCGGUGGCAGCGGUGGUGGUGGCGGCGGAGGCGGUGGAGGCGGUGGGGGCCUCCAGAACGGCCGCUCGUUCUUCCCGUCCACCGAUGACAUCGACUGCAAGAUGCCCGGGGGAGAGGGAGCCGAGGAUGCCAGCUCGCCGCCGGGCUUCAUGCGAAGCGUCAUGACCCCCAUCAUGCUGUGGAGCCUGGCCACCAUGUCCAUCACCCAGCUGAGACUCAUCUUCUACAUGGGGGCCAUGAACUCCAUGCUCGAGUUCCUGGCCGAGGGCGACUCACAACAAGUGAUGGACACUGUGUCUACCUACACGUCGGUGUUUGGAGUCCUCCAGUUCCUGUGCCUGGCCACGGCUCCGGUCAUCGGCUUCAUCAUGGACUGGAGACUCAAGGAGUGCAUCGAUGACGAUUCAGCCACCAGCACCAACGGGACCAUAGAGCUCUCUGGACAGGGCUGUGCUGUCCCCACGACUCAGCGUAGAGACCGCAAGGCACAGAAAGUACAGAACGCGAUGAGGGCCUUCCUCGUCACAAACACUCUCCUGGUUCUCUUCGGAGUGCUCUGUCUGGUGCCCAACCUGCCACUGCAGAUCGUGUCGUUCGUGGUCCACACGGUGGUGCGCGGCUUCAUUCACUCGGCCGUGGGAGGGGUCUACGCCGCCGUGUACCCAUCGUCCCACUUUGGCUCGCUGACUGGGAUGCAGUCGCUGGUGAGUGCUGUGUUUGCUCUGGUACAACAGCCUCUCUACAUCGCCAUGAUGGGUCCACUCAACGGAGAUCCUCUCUGGGUGAACGUGUCCCUGCUGGCUCUCUCCCUGCUGGGCUUCGGCCUCCCCCUCUACCUCCACCUCUACCGCCGCCGCCUGCUGGCGGAGCGGGCGGCCCGCCGGGCGGCCCCUCCCCUCGCCCCCCCCAAGCCCCCCCCGCUGCUCCGCAGCUCGAGCAGCAACGGCCUCAUCGUGAUCCCUCCUCCUGCUGCUGCUGCUGCUACACACGAUGAUGACGAUGAUGAUGAUGACGAUGACGAUGAUGACGCCUUCAGCAACACGUGGCCUCAGCAAGCACACAGCAACGUCUGAGGCUCACGCCCCGCCCACCCACCACGUCGCCCCGCCCACAUCGCCCCGCCCACAUCGCCCCGCCCCGC